AUGUCAUUCAGGAAAAAGAAUGUCGUCCUGGGGCCAUCCACUAGAGGUUCUAUAAAAGAGGCCAUAGCCCCAAAGCAGGAGGCUCUACCACCGGUGGGGACUCGUUCAUCACCCCUUGACGGCCGUCCUACAACAUCCACCGGAACGGCUUCACUAGACCAGCUCCUGGCAGGACAUGCAGGGCUACCACUUGGCUACAGUAUUCUUGUAGAAGAGUCUGGAACGACAGACUUCUCGGGUGUCCUUCUCAGAUACUAUGCCGCCGAGGGUCUCGUGCAGGGCCAACAAGUACACGUGCUCGGCCCGACGGAUGCGUGGAGAGGAGAGCUUCCAGGACUUGGCAAAGCCAGUGGCUCGAGUAGGAAGAAAUCCGCACCAGUAUCGGACGAGAAGAUGAAGAUCGCGUGGAGAUAUGAGAGUCUUGGAAACAAUGCCGGUCCAAGGAUGAAUAACAUUAGUCCAGCAGGUAGUGCUGAAGUCUUUUGUCACUCCUUUGACCUCGGGAAACGCCUGCAGCCUAGCGACAUCAAGGGCGAACUGCACGCAACACCAUCAACUGCUGCCAUGAGCUGGCUCCAGCCUUCAGGGCCUGCCAGCUCUUCCCCUCUAGACACAUUCAUCACCAACGUCUCAGCAAAGCUAAAGGUAUCGCCGCCCGGUACGAUCCAUCGUAUCGUAGUGCCGAGCCUUCUAUCGCCCGCCCUCUAUGGUUCCUCGGUCUGCCGGCCAGCAGACGCCCUGCAGUUCUUGCACAAACUGAGAGCACUGCUACGCCGCCACGAAGGGAGUCUGACAGCCAUGAUCUCGCUUUCUACUUCGUUGUUCCCGCGGUCGACAGGAUUUACACGGUGGAUGGAGCUACUGUGCGAUGGAGUGCUCGAGAUGCUGCCCCUGCCAAGGAAAGUGCAUGUCGAGCCGAAUACCAAGUCGGAAGACGUCGUGCAAGGGAUGCUCAAGGUACAUAGCCUCCCUGUAUACCACGAGAGGGGAGGAGGUAUAGAGGGCCAGUCUUCGCGGGAGGAUCUUUCCUUCAGAAUGAGCAGCUCGAGCGGGCUUAUAGUCAAGCCUUACGUUCUCCCUCCUUUGUUGGACGAAGGGGAUGGGGCCCAAGGAGCCAAGACCGAGGGGAAGAAGGGGGAAAAACUAGACUUUUGA